GCAGUCAAUAAAUUGUUAUGUCGUAAUUCGUACAUUUUAAAAACAAUCACAAUCUUUGUAAUGAAUCGAAACCCUUUCGUAAUCGAAAAGAAAUUCGUUGGCUUCACAACGAAUAUAAAAGAUGCCUGUGCUAGAACAAUGGCAGUGUUACGUUUCUUCUUAAUGACUUUUAAGCAAGAGAUUAAGAAUAAAUUUUUAGCAUGAUAUCGAAUCUCGUUUAUUUCAUUAUUUCAAUUAUAAUUUCGGUUCUUGCAAUGAGGACUUCUUCUGAAACAAUAGAAACAGGAGAAUUAAUAAAUAGUGUUCAAUCUCCCAUAAUUAUGGCACAAGAUUAUUCAAGCAUGAUUAAAUCAAUGCAGGAUAAUUCAUAUGAUAAUGAUGAUAGACCAUGUCAAAUAGAAUAUCAAAUUACUAAAAAAAGGGCAGGAAAAUGUAUAAAACUAAGUCAUGGAGUAACUGGUUGUGUUUCUGGUGAUUAUAUGAAUCCUUUUCAUCCUGACUGCUUCUAAAUUCUUAUACAAAUAAUUUAAAAAAAAAAUCAGCCUAAAAUUAAUUAUCUAACUUAAAAAAAUCGCCACUUUAUGUUGUAACGCUUCUAUCAAUAAAACAGGUAUCUUUCCCCGCUA